ACUUAUUGCAAUUGGUUUCCAAAUACUCUAUAAACAUUCCAUUCUGUUAUGAAUCAAAAAAUAAAAUCACAGCACUUUUUUUUAAGUAUGUAAUCUACUUCAACAAUGUUGCACAAAGAUCGAUCCAUAACAGUUGUAAAUGUCACUCAAUUCCACAGGGUGUUGAUAAUGGUGGACACCGGUGAAAGAAAGUCAUCACUGUUAUCGACACCUCACGUGACUUCUCAAACACGUGUUAAAAUACAAAAUGACGACUGUCAAAUGAAAGCGUAAGAAACAAAGUAGGUUUCGACAAGGAGAUCAUGAAAUACUGGUGAAUUUGAUCAGUAAAAACAUGUCCAUGAUCUUUCCGCCAUGCUUACCUGCGAUGAUAACGUCCAGGUUUUCCUCAAAUUGCUGAUCAUGCUAAAAAAAAAAAAUCCAUCUCCGGUAAUGAGCUGUCAUCAGACGACAAGAUCAAAGGGUGAGGGGGAGGUCUUUGGGUUGAAGAAUUAACCAAUAAUAACUGUUGGAACUGAAACUCGCCUUUGUAAAAUUGUUUUUACUGGUAAAUAUGAAAAGGUGUUGAUAAUUAUGGACUGUCGAUAAUUGUAGCCGCCGCUCUAAUGCACAUUUUUUGGGCUUAAUUAAAUGUUGUCCAAUCAAUUAGUCAUUAUUGCUUAUGUGAUAUAAUAGUAAUGUGCUUUGUACCAUGGGUCACUUUCCAUCUAGUUUGAUGGCUCAAUCAGGCCCUUGAAUCACUGACAUUUAUUUUUAAAAAAAAUGUAUGAAAAAUUACAAAAGAAGUAAAAAAAAAAAAAACCACGAACAAAAAUGAUUGUGUUCUGGGUGACUGCUUGGGUCAGCUGAUUGUUGUGAUUUUUGCUGUUCCAAAAAUUUUACCAACAGUGGAGUUGCAGUGUGCCCUCUAGUGGACAAACUAUGUAAUGACAACACUCGUAGCGUCCAUCAUGGUUGACGGAUCCAUCUCGCGUCUCUUCGUUUCUUUUUUUUUUUUAUUGUCUGCUGUUAUAAACAUUGAUGCAGAUUUAGCUACGAUUAGCUCAUAUCCGUCAAUAAUAUUGGUAUGAUGAUUUAUUGGUCGGGCCCAAGAAGAAGUAGUCGUAGUAGUAAUAUUAUUGUUAUUAAUGCUAAAUAUUAUUAAAUACUACACCACACAGUGGUUGAAUUCUCGAGUCCGAUCAGCCAGCAGCUCUGAUGGUAGUUCUUCCUUCAAGACAAAUCACAGCACCAUAUGAAUGCACUCUUUCUUUCAUUAUUGUUUCUAUGGUAACAGCUCAAAGAUACUUGUCUGUCAGGCAUACUAUAAAAUGUAAACCUAACAAUUAACUCUUUCCAGAAAAAAAAUCAUUAAUCAGAAAAAUGUUAUUGAUACGAUGACACUUUCUGUAAGGAGACGUUUAUUUAACCUUUACGGAACAAGUCUCCGAUGUCAGCACUUCGUAACAGUCUGUAGGUUUUCCACCAUGGGAAAGUCUUCACUUUUGUCUUAUUAACUUCGAGAGAUGUUAAAAGAAGAAAAAAAUAUGCUGGUGAGGGAAUGACUGUUUAUGGCUGCUAUAGCAUAAGGAAUCAAAAGGAACUAACCUGUCAUGUGGACGUUCCCUGAUGCAAAAUUGUUGUAACGGUUAAAUGUAUGAGUGACAGGUCGCAUCACACCACCCAGUCGUUGAUUAUUUUCCUGUAAUCAAAUUCCCUGUGUGUUUUAUUUCAUACUUGGGUAAUAUUAUGACUAGAUAUUUGAGCUGGAGACCAUUCUGUGCAGAGGGACCAUUCUUCUUGGCAUAGUAGUAGUGCGAAUUGGACGAAGGGAUAGAGGAUGAUAAAAAAUAAAAAGAUUACCACCCAAACAAUAUAAAAUCAGCCAUGCUGCUAUGGUAGUCCUCAUCUCUGGGCAGGGCUGUGCUACAGCGAGCAGUUGUUUACCUGCAGAGUGCUUUUAUAUGCAACUGAAGCAGCAGAGAGAUAAAUUGAGGCAGUAUCAGAAGAAGAUCACUCUGCAGCUGGAGAAGGAGAGACAGCUGGCCAAGCAGCUGCUGAAAGAGGGCAAGAAGGAGAAAGCUGUCCUGUUGCUUAAGAAGAAACGCUUCCAGGAACAGCUUCUGGAGAAGACUGAGAACCAGAUAGGCAACCUGGAGCGCAUGGUUCAAGACAUCGAGUUUGCACAGAUAGAAAUGAAGGUGCUUGAAGGGCUGAAGGUUGGCAAUGACUGCUUAAAGAAAAUGCAUGAGGUUAUGUCCAUAGAAGAGGUGGAGAGGAUCAUGGAUGAGACCCAGGAAGCCAUUGAGUACCAGAGGCAAAUCGAUGACAUUCUGGCCGGCUCUCUGACACAAGAAGACGAGGAUGCUGUAUUAGCGGAGCUUGAGGCAAUCACUCAGGGAGAUGUUGAGCUUCCUGAGGUGCCUGAUGAGGCAUUACCAGAAAUUCCAGAUCAAGAACCAGAGCGGGAGAAGGAAAGGGUGAAGAAGAAGCCGGAGAGAGAGCUGUUGGCUUUAUAGAGCCUCGCCAAUGCACUUUUAUAUUGCUCCCGUCACCCCCAGGCGUAGAUGACAACGACGAUGACUCCUCCUCUAGAAAAGAAACCUUUCAAGACAACUCCAUUAAACAUGGGAACCUGUGGUUCCAGCCAAUCGGAGAUCCUCUUGUCAGAUCUACGGUCCAUCAUACCGUAUGGGGCUUUUCUACUGGACCGUGCCGUACAGUUUACACUUGCUGAACCCAAUCUAGAACUGUUCUUUUUCCCGUACAGCGAUAGCCGAGUUUCCAGGUCUGACCUUUUACUCAUUUUGUGUUAUAUGAAAUGACAGACAGCAUUGCACUCCGUGGAAACCCGAUUACGAGACCCUGUAACGCUCUGCUGUAUGGUCUAGUGAUUUUAGAGUUUCUUCCAAAUAUGAGUCUGAUAAAGUAAAUAACACAAAACAUCACGGAUUUCUUGCUGCACCGCACUGUCCAAUGGAAAAGCACUCGAUUUUUCUCAUUUGUCAAUGCCUAGUCCAGUGGAGGAAAAAAGGGUUUUUUUUGUUUUGUUUUGUUUGUUUUUUCCUACCAUUACUUUGAUUAACUACAGCAUUAUUACAGCAUUAUUAACCUUUAACUAUUCAGGUAGAUGAUCAUUUCGUUCUUACCGUCAAGGUAUUUCAUGAUUUAACCCUAAACCUCUCAGAACGAUUCCAUCAGUUGAAUUAUCUUCCUGACGUAAUAAAUUUCAUGUGAGGUUUAUCAAAGAAUCAUGUCAGAAUUCUAGGUGAAUAAAUGCUGUGUAAAAGCUCCUUCGCUUUAUUACACCUCUACCCAGGUGCUUAUAACGCUCCCGUCUGCUUUAGGAGGAUUGAGUCUGUUGGAUUAGAAGGUUGCGUUCCUGCUCGGAGUAAACUCCCAUUUCCAUUGUAACGUCCUUAAGAUUGCCAACAAAUACUGUCCAUAUGUUUAAAUUUUUGUCUCACUGACUUAUUUUAGCCUUUUUUUUUUUUUCCUGGCUCUGAGUUUUGUUUUUUGUUUUCCUUUUUUUUUUCUUUUCCUCUAAGAAACUGUAAUCAUAAACCCAAAGUUAGUCCUUCUCCAGCAUACACAAGCCAAUAAAUAGACCUUUCCCCCCCUUGUGAUUUAUAUCUCUACAUUGUUGGACUAGACUUAGCUGCUCUGCUCUAAGAGCUGGUCAGCAUUUCUUUACAGUCUUAAAGGUCUGAUUAGACAAUUUAAUUUUGUUACUUUGCAAGAAUAAAGUUAUUUUAAAUCA